GAGCAUCAAUUCAAGCCUGCACAAAGCUGUUGCGUCGACGAGAUGGCAGUGCGCCGGCAUUACGCUCUCAUUGUGUUUACAAUCGCACUUCAUUUAACUCGAAUACAGGCAGGAAAAGUAACAUCAAAUAGAACUUUUGUUGUUAAUUUUCAACACAGUGACAAUACUUCAACAAUGUCUAUUCCGGAAUCAUUUGUGCUGUCUGGAGGUGAUUUGAUGCCACGAAUCGGUUUCGGAACUUGGCAGGCAUCAAGUGAUGUACUCGAGCCCGCAGUGGCAGCGGCUCUCGAAGCUGGUUACCGCCAUUUUGAUUCUGCGCGUGUCUACGAAAACGAGGCCGCGCUCGGUAGAGCUCUCAACCGCUGGAUCGGCAAUGACCCGAACAAGAGGAAGGAACUAUUUGUCGUCACCAAACUACCACCAGGAGGUAACAGACCGGACUUAGUGGCGGAGUACUUUAAUGCUUCGAUGCGUGACCUCGGUCUAGACUACCUCGAUCUGUACCUCUUGCACACGCCCUUCGCAUUUGAACACGUCCCUGGCGAUCUGCAUCCUAUGAACCCCGAUGGAACCAUCAGAGCGGAUCUCACUACAGACCUCAUCGGUGUUUGGAAGGCGCUACUCAAGUUGAAGGAUAGCGGUCGUGUGCGCCACGUGGGCGUGUCUAACGUGAACGAGGAGCAGCUGCAGCGACUGUGCGCGGUGGAGAAGCCGGCCUGUCUGCAGGUGGAGGUACACAUGUUGUGUCAACAGAAGGCGCUCAUUGCCGCGGCCAACAAGCUUGGUAUACCUGUCGUGGCAUACUCCCCACUCGGCUCUAAGGCCCUCGCGGAUGCCUUAGCGGCAAAAACAGGGCGCGAAUACCCCGACCUCUUAAAGUUACCAGCGGUGUUGAAAAUUGCACAAGCUCACAAUAAAACCCCGGCUCAAGUUCUACUCAGGCAUCUGCUGCAGAGCGGCGUCGCUGCCAUACCUAAGAGCACCCAUCCAGAGAGAAUCAAACAGAAUAUCUCUGUGUGGGAUUUCGAACUGUCAGAUGAGGAGAUGUCAGAAUUAGGCGCGCUCGACCGCGGCGAGAAGGGUCGGAUAUGUGACUUCUCUUUCUUUCCCGGUAUCGAGAAGCAUCCCGAAUUUCCUUUCAAAAAAUCUUAAAAUCAAAUUU